AUGGACAUGAAUUCGGGUUCGGAUCCCACGCGCCCGCUUUUGUCCAAAAAUGACCGGAACUCCACCGAACACGACGGUCGGAGAACCCGAAUCUCUCGCCGGAACUCCGUUAACUCUCUUAGAUCCGCUUUCAUGUCCAUGCUUCCUGAUAAGAUCCGUCCUAGCCUUGACUCUGAGGCUCCCUUUGACAUUGAUCUCUCCAAAGGCACCGGCUUAAGCCAAGGAGAGAAAGAUUACUAUGAAAAACAAAUAGCUACUUUGAAAUCAUUUGAGGAAGUUGAUGCGGUGGUGGAAUCUGACGGCAUUGUUGAGGAUGAUAAAGAGGAACUGGCUCAACAAGAAAGAGCAAUGAAGAUUUCAAAUUAUGCAAAUAUAGUUUUGUUGAUAUUGAAGAUUUAUGCGACGGUAAGGAGUGGGUCAAUAGCUAUUGCUGCAUCAACUUUGGAUUCUCUGCUUGAUCUAAUGUCUGGUGGUAUCCUUUGGUACACUCACUUAGCAAUGAAGAACAUAAAUAUCUAUCAGUAUCCCAUUGGAAAGCUGAGAGUUCAGCCAGUAGGGAUAAUUGUUUUUGCUGCUAUCAUGGCCACACUUGGUUUUCAGGUGCUAGUUACGGCGGUACAACAACUAAUAGAAAACAGUCCUGGCGAAAAGAUGACGGGGGAUCAACUAUUAUGGUUGUACUCUAUCAUGAUAUUUGCAACUGUGGUGAAGCUUAUACUUUGGCUUUACUGCAGAAGCUCAGGUAACCAGAUUGUCCGUACCUACGCAGAUGAUCACCACUUUGAUGUGGUAACAAAUGUAGUUGGAUUAGUUGCGGCUAUUCUCGGUGAUAAAUUUUAUUGGUGGAUUGAUCCGGUUGGAGCUAUUUUACUUGCAAUUUACACUAUUACCAAUUGGUCUCGUACUGUCAUGGAAAAUGCAGUUUCACUGGUGGGACAAUCUGCGUCUCCUGAAUUUUUGCAGAAGCUAACUUAUCUCGUUAUAAGGCACCCUGGAAUUAAACGUGUUGACACUGUCCGGGCAUAUACAUUUGGCGUUUUAUAUUUUGUGGAGGUAGACAUUGAACUCCCAGAAGAUUUACCCUUAAAAGAAUCACAUGCCAUUGGGGAGUCUCUACAGAUAAACCUUGAGAAACUUCCAGAAGUUGAGCGAGCAUUUGUUCAUCUGGACUUUGAGUGUGAUCACAAACCAGAGCACUCAAUUCUCAGUAAACUGCCCAACAAUCAGCCUUAA